CUGAAAAGUAAAUAGAGUAGUGAACAUGAGUAAAAGUGAAGCAGAAUCUAAAAUUGUGGUUCAGGGUGAAGCCUCGGAAUCCGACGAUGAUGAAAAUGAUGAUUUGACUGCACCACAAGGUGUCAUUGUAUCUGGUGAAGCUUCAGAAUCAGAUGAAGAAGAAAUUGAUUUAAGAUCACCUACAACACCACCAAGAAAUGACUUUCCUCCAUUAAUAGUUAAUCAAAGAAGUGAAACCACAUCAGAAAUACCAACAUUGAUGUCACCCAGAGCAGCUGAAGCUAAAGCUACUAAACCUAAAUAUGACACUCUUCUUCAUAGAAAACUUAGAGAGAGCAAUCUAUUGUUACAUUCCCAUAUAGUAGAUAAUUGUAGUCAGGCCUAUUUGUCUGCUGCUAGAAACUUACAUACAACAACCCAACAGUUACAAAAAUCACAUGCUUCAGUUCAGCUGGUAUUCCGAUUCAUAUGAAAAUGAUAUUCAAAAUGUGCUUUUUACCAAUAAAAGUAGUAUAAAACAGUAAGUUUUAUAACAACUC